AUGAACACCAUCAGUUUCCAGCAGAACCUGACCGAUGAAUAUUGCUAUCCUGACAACAACAACUCAUGCAUAAAGGAGCUGCAAAGCAGCAAAGGCAGAAUUUUCCUUCUCUUCUUCCUUUCAUGCAUAUCCAUGUCCACGGUGCUCCUGAACCUGCUCGUGAUUAUCUCCAUCUCCCACUUUAAACAGCUGCACACUCCAACUAAUUUGCUGAUCAUGUCUCUGGCGGUGGCCGACCUUCUUGUGGGACUCAUAGUGAUGCCGGUUAAUAUCAUGGACCUAAUAGACAGCUGCUGGUACCUCGGGAAAACCAUGUGCUCCCUUUAUCCCGUGGUUAAUUAUAUUUCUGUCACGGCCUCGGUCGGCAGCCUGGUGUUUAUUGCUGUUGAUCGUUACAUCGCCAUCACCAGCCCUCUGCUCUAUUCCACCCGAAUUACAAUUUCUAAAACCUCCUUGUUUAUUGUUCUGACCUGGUCAGGCGCUAUCCUGUAUAACACCCUAUUUUAUUUUUUCGAGGGUCACCUGCUUCAUCCUGACAAAUUCAGCCAAUGUGUCGGAAAGUGUGUGGUGGUUCAAUCUCAAUCCGCCUCCAUGGCUGACCUGUUCAUUUCCUUCAUCUGCCCUUGUUUCACCAUGUUGUUUUUGUACCUGAGAAUUUUUAAAGUGGCCAGAUAUCAGGUCAAAUCCAUCAGUGCUGUAGAGUGCGACUAUGCACAUGGGCACAGGGUCAAAAGAGUAAAUAUCAAAGCUGCAAAAACCUUGGGCAUUGUCAUUUUUGUGUAUCUUUCAAGCUGGAUCCCUUUUUAUUUGAAUUUGCUGUCUACCGAAAGCCUGUCGUCCAUGUCAGUGGUGUGGGUCGUGCUCAACUGGCUGAUAUACCUCAACUCCUCUGUAAACCCCCUGAUAUACGCCAUAUUUUACCCCUGGUUCAGAGUGUCUGUUAAGUACAUUGUGACAUGUCAAAUAUUCCAGGCUUCUUCCUCCAUGUUUAAUCUGUUCCCCGAGCGCUUUUAA